AUGUCCCCCCCCCCGCCCUCGGCGCGCGCGGCGCGGCCCGCCCCGCAGGAACAUGGCGGCGGGGCCGCCGCGCCUGCCGAGCCCGCCCAGCCCUCCCGCGCCGCGCUCGCCGCCAGCGCCCGGCCGACCCCGCGGCUCCGCGCCGUCCCGGGUCCCCCCCAUCGCCGUCUCCAGGCCCCCUCCCCGUCGCCUCCCCGCACGCGGGGAGCUGCCCACGCGGUGGCACACAAAGCCCACGCGGAGCGGAGCGCGCGGGGGGCGGCCGGGCGCCCCCCCCCCACACCAGCACCCCCGGCUCCCGUCGCCGCCGCCCGCGAGCGCCAGCGUCCCGGCGCCCGCUCCGGGGCGCGCACAAAGUUUCGGGCCCACGCCGCGCCGCCGCCGGACGGACGGACGGACGGACCGCCCGCUCGCUCGCCCGCCCGCGCGCAGGUUCCUCGUGGGCGCGCCCCCUCCCGGCCCCGCGGCCUGCCCCAUGUGCCGCCGCCGCCGCCGCCUCUCCGCCGCUUUUGUUCUGCAGGCGCUUUAACUCUCGCCCCCGGGGGAGAAACUUUGCCCGCACGGCCGCCGCGCGCCCCGCCUGCCGCCCGCCGCCCGCCCCCGAGACGGCCGGCGGGCCUCGUGCGCCCCGAGCCUCCCGAGGGCCAUUGUGUGCGCCGGGCGGGCCCCGGGGCCGCCGCCCCCCUCGGGCCCCCUCCGGCCCGCGUGCGCGCCAGGACGGCCGCCCCACGCCGGCGCCCAACGGCCCGAGAGACCCACCCGGCCCCGCCGCCCCGGGCCGUCCCGCCCGCCACCGCCGCCGCCGUUCCGGGGAGCGCACACAACAGGUUUCCCCCCCGCCCCGAGCCGGCGACGGCGGCGGGCGGGCGCACUCACCGGAGCAGCCGCCACCAUCUUCGCCAGCCUCCGCGCCACUCCGGCCCUCCCGAGGCCCCAGGCCGGUGGAGGAGGAGGAGGGAGGGGGUGCGGCGUGGCCGGCCCCGGGCCGCGCGCGCUCGGGGCUCCGCGGAGGGCGCGGGCGGCGCGGGGACCCGGGUCCCCACCCCUCGGCCCUCGCCGCGGGGCGCGAAGUGGCGCGAAGGCGCAGGCCGGGCGGCGGCGGCGGCGGCGCCUCGAAGGACCAUGUGGGUGAAUGAAGGGCGGCGGCUCCCGCCUCAACGUAAAUACGGACAAGCCCACUCCCUCAUUAGCAUAAAAAACAAAGUACUUCCGACCUCCCCGCCCGCCCGCCAAUCACCGCAGGCCACGCCCACGGCGGCUCGUUCUUGGCGGCCGGGAGAGCGGGAGCCGGGGAACCGCUGGCGGCGCCGCGCCGCCUCCCCGGGCCGCGCUUUCCUCCCCACCCCACCCCGCCCGCCCCCGACACCGCGGGGUCCGCCCACCGGCCGGCCGCGGCGCGGGGCUCCGGGCCGGGACACCUCGCGCCACGCCCCCGGGCACGCCCUCCCGAGCCGGCCGGCCCCGCGCGUGCGGACCCCGCGCCGCCGCACACCCUCCUGCGAGCGCACGCGGCUGGGGCUUCCCGCCAGCCGCGCUCGCCGUGGACUCGACGGAGGCGCCCGGGGUAGGGGGACACACCGCUGCCUCCUGGCUUCCCUCGCCCCGCGCGAGUCGGGCCGGUCAUCGGGGCCACCCCCACCUCCCACCCACCCCUCCAAACCGGUGCCCCCCCCCGACCGGAGCCGGACACGAGGCAGAUCCACACCCCAUCACCACCAUCACCGCCGAGCCAGAUCUCCUCCGGCCACGCAGCCUUUUGAACCCGGGAAAGAACGUUUCCUUCACCUGGCCGCGUGCAGUCGGAGCGCGUGCCCCGGGCGGGGGCUUCUCGGCCCCUACCUGAGCCUCCUCCCUUUGGCCAGCUGCACCGAGAACUCUUGGCUCGCCCUCCGGUAG